UUGCGGGUGCGAAUAUAACUCGGGUGGCCGCCGCGGGCAACUCACUGGGAGCUGACAACAGUGGAGAGAUGAAUGCGCGAGGCAGCGAGGUCGACAUCGAAAGACCUCCAGGGGGUCAGAGCAAGGUAGACGGAACUCUCCUAUCUCUCUCUUCCUUUCAAGGGACAGAAACCUCAUCCAAGCAGCAGCAGCAGAGAAACCGAGAAAGGUUUGAAAGAGAAGGAGAGAGCCCCCUGUAGCGGUCCUGAGCGGCAGGUUGGGUAUGGGUAUAAGCUAGUGCCCAAAAAAGGCAGUGAGGGGAACGUCUGGAUCGUACAGCAAGGACCAGAGACUCCCACCUUGGCCAGAGAAUCCUUGGAUGCCCACCGCUCGCCUCAGGAGCUGCGCUGCUCAGUUCUAGAUCUCCCCUCCAGAACAAACGCCGAGCACAACUUUGGCCCCCAAGGCUGUGUACCCCGCGCGGGGAGAGCCUUUGGCACCCAGUUCCCGGGGGCUAUCUACAGAUGCGGCUUUGAAAGCUCCCACGCACGCCCUGCGCCCUCGCCGGGACAGAACCCCCUUUGGUCUUCACUUCUGCCCUCCGCCCUCCCCGAACAUGACCUAGAGGCACCUGCGCGUGGAGGCAGUCGCCGCAGCCACGACAGUCACCAUGAAUAAGGAGGCUGGCGGAAACGAGCUCGCAGAACUCUAUGGUCUGAUCCCGUACCUUCUACAGGCGGCCAACACCAGCGGCAACGCGUCGUCGCUGCAGCUCCAGGACUUGUGGUGGGAGCUGGGGCUGGAGUUGCCUGACGGCGCGGCGCCGGGGCAUCCCCCGGGCACCGGCGGGGCAGAAAGUGCGGACACCGAGUCCCGGGUGCGUAUCCUCAUCAGCGCGGUGUACUGGGUGGUUUGCGCGUUGGGGCUGACUGGCAACCUGCUGGUGCUCUACCUGAUGAAGAGUAAGCAGGGAUGGCGCAAGUCCUCCAUCAACCUCUUUGUCACCAACCUGGCGCUGACAGACUUUCAGUUCGUACUCACCCUGCCCUUCUGGGCGGUGGAAAACGCUCUUGACUUCAAAUGGCCCUUCGGCAAGGCCAUGUGUAAGAUCGUAUCCAUAGUGACGUCCAUGAACAUGUACGCCAGCGUCUUCUUCCUCACCUCCAUGAGCGUGGCGCGCUACCACUCGGUGGCGUCCGCUCUUAAGAGCCACCGGACCCGAGGGUAUGGCCGGGGCGAAUGCUGCGGCCAAAGCCUGAGGGACAGCUGCUGCUUCUCAGUCAAAGCACUGUGCGUAUUGAUCUGGGCCUCGGCCGCGCUGGCCUCGUUGCCCAACGCGAUCUUCUCCACCACCAUCAAGGUGAUGGGCGAGGAGCUGUGCCUGGUGCGCUUCCCAGACAAGUUGCUGGGCGGAGACAGACAGUUCUGGCUGGGCCUCUACCACUUGCAGAAGGUGCUGCUAGGCUUCGUGCUUCCGUUGUGCAUCACCAGCCUGUGCUAUCUUCUGCUGGUGCGUUUCAUCUCCGACCGCCGUGUGGCUGGGACCGAAGGAGGAGCCUCAGCGGCCGAGGGUGGCCUGGCCGCAGCCAGCACCCGGAGACGGUCGAAGGUCACCAAAUCUGUGACCAUCGUGGUCCUAUCCUUCUUCCUGUGUUGGUUGCCCAACCAGGCUCUCACCACCUGGAGCAUCCUCAUCAAGUUCAACGCCGUGCCCUUCAGCCAAGAGUAUUUCCUGUGCCAGGUAUAUGCGUUCCCGGUGAGCGUAUGCCUGGCUCACUCCAACAGCUGUCUCAACCCCAUCCUCUACUGCCUGGUGCGCCGCGAGUUCCGCAAAGCGCUCAAGAGUCUAUUGUGGCGCAUCGCGUCCCCCUCUCUGACCAGCAUGCGCCCUUUCACGGCCACCACCAAGCCAGAGCCCGAGGAGCAGGGGCUACAGGCCCUGGCACCUCUCCACCGGACCGCGGAGCCUGACCUGGUCUACUACCCGCCUGGCGUGGUGGUCUACAGCGGGGGGCGCUACGACCCGCUGCCCAGCAGCUCCGCCUACUGACUGGGGGCAGGGGACGCAGUCACUGCAAAGUGGCCUUCCCCGGAUGGGGAAAGAGGAAAGCGGAUUAGGCGAUGCUGGGGGCCCAUCGGAGGAGAGGUAGGAGGGACUAGGACCGGGAGAAGCCUAAAGGAACAGCCUGUGAAAUGGCGGGGCAGGGGAGGCCGUCUGCGGUGAGGGAAGGCUUCAAACCAGGUGGAGAGAGGACGCUGGGAAAGGGGCCGAGGUCAGACUCACUGCGUCCCCUUCUCCCCACAUAGACUUCUUCCUCUCCUUAAGCUCUCAACACUGGGCAGGGUGAGAACGCCCAGAAGCGGAGAAAGCAAUCAGGAAUGUAGAGAAAUUGGGGCACAAGGAAGUGGAGCUCAGCCAGAGAUGCGCUAACAACUGAGAGCAUUUACUCCAACGACUUUCAUGGAGCUCUUGAAGGGGUCUUCAAAGUGCAUCCAACCGGGCGAGCCGCCCACAAAACCUUUCCUUUGCGCCUCGAGCGCGAGACCGCCACAGCGCCAUCUGACUUGCAGCGUGGUUGCGCUGGGGACCUAGUUUGGGAAUAAGAAACUUUUUCAGAGUCGCCAGAAAGUACUGACAAUCCAGAUCCGCCAUCCAGAGAAAGGCACCGCGAGAGGGGUACCUCCCAUGGAGCCACUGUAUCGUUCAUCAUCCCGGACAGAGCCGGUGGGUGCGCGGGAGCCGGACCGCGACUCUGUGCUUAGGUGUCACCGAGGCAAAAUACUUGUCUCCAACACGCGCUAGAGAUUCGCGGGGGAGUGGCGGCACUGCGGGAGGAAGCCGGUGCAGAGAGGUGAGAGGGGCUGAAUAGAGACUUCAUCCGGUCACGGCCUCUAUAGGAAAAGGGGAGCUGACAUGCUCACUUGGUGAACGAGCAGAAAGUGAGUGCGCCAGGCGCUGGCAGCGGGGAUGUCCCGGUUCCCGGAGGGCGGAGCGGGUCCCCUGGAAACACACUACGUGCUCCAGUUUGCGCGGGGCAGGCGAGCUGUGCCCUGGAGCAACUUGACAAGUUCUGAGCAGACAGGCCUGCGGGUGGGGACUUUUCUGCGGCACUCCCCUCCCCGCCCCCACUCUUCGCAAAUCCGGACAUCCAUUUGAUAGAGGCUCGGAACCAACCAGUGGAGGGAUGGCUCCGACAAGGUUUUUGAAGGCUUAGACAGAAAACUAAGAUUAUGACUUCCAUCUACCACAGAGACAAAAAUAAAUAAAUAAACAAACUAGGAAAUGGC